UACUUUGGCCACUCUUCACAAAACCAGUUCCUUAUUUGUAAUGAAAACGAAGAAGCAAUGAGUUCAAGCAGAGCACUCGGAGGCAUUUUCUUCCACAGAUUCUGCAAUGGGGUUUCUCCAAGAUACCCAAAUUCCAUAAUCUUCCAUAGGAAUGGCUUUCUGGGCAAGAACUUACAGGUAUUAUCUCCAUCUUCGUCUUCAUGGGCACGGGUUUUUCAUAAUGGAUGUAGCAGUAAUACUGGGGUUAGGACCAUAUGGACUGUCUCUCCUCUCUGUAUGGGGAGACGUUCUAGCAAAAUAGCUGGAAGAAAGGGGAUUCAAGAUGCCAAGAAGGCAAAGCUGUAUGCCAGGAUUGGAAAGGAAGUAGUUUCUGCCGUGAAAAAAGGUGGUACAAGUCCUGUAUCAAACUCAACCCUGGCUGCUAUACUUGAGAAAGCCAAGGAGCUCGAUGUCCCGAAGGAUAUUUUGGAAAGAAACAUUAAGAGAGCUUCUGAGAAGGGACAAGAAUCUUACAUUGAAAAAAUCUACGAGGUAUAUGGUUUUGCCGGGGUCAGUAUUGUUGUUGAGGUUCUGACAGACAAGAUAACUCGAUCGGUGGCAGCGGUUAGAGAGGUAGUGAAGGACUGUGGUGGAAAGAUGGCUGACCCAGGAUCUGUGAUGUUUAAGUUCAGACGUGCUCGAGUUGUAAACAUAAAAGCCUCGGACGUUGACAAGGAUCAACUCCUUGAUAUUGCAUUAGAUGCUGGUGCUGAGGAUGUUAUUGAACCUCCCGUCUAUGAAGAUGAUGAUAUUGAUGAUGAUACUUCGGAAAGCUACUAUAAAAUCGUAAGCUCAUCGGAAAACUACUCUGCAAUACUGUCGAAACUACGCGAGGAAGGAAUAAGUUUCGAGACUGAUAAUGGUUCUGAAUUAAUUCCAAUUACCACUAUUGAGGUAGAUGAUGAGGCUAUGGAAUUGAACAAGGAGCUUAUGUCCAAAUUACUUGAUCUAGACGAUGUCGACGCUGUUUAUACAGAUCAGAAGUGAUCGAAACCGUCUAAUGUUAGUCAUAAUUAAACCCCUUAAUUAGUUUCGGCAUUGAGUGGUAUUUAUAAGCUUUUUUUUGCUUAAUUUAUUCUUGUAAACUUAUCUUCCAUAUAGUUUGAAUGAUAAUUUAAAGGGGAUUGUUUAUUGUUGUAUAGCUCAUCUUUAUCUGAAUGGUUUAUCAAAAUCCCUUUUAAGUAAUAAGAUUUUUCUUUUUAAGUAUUACUA